GGUUGGCGGAGGCCGGGGACUGGACGGGGAGGAGACUGGAGAUGUGGGGUGGUACAAUGUGGCGCUGCGAGGUCCUCUGCACUCACAGGACGCAUGAGAGCUGGUGAAGGUCGGAGCUAAUUGGACCGAAGUUAGUGUUGAAGUCAGUCUACCUCCCAGAGUGACCAUGAGAGUCCUCCUACUAAUCUGCAUGCCAGUUCUGCUGCUCGCCCAGCUUCAGUACCCAGACCAGUUUCCCUUCCUGGAGGACUAUGGGCCGGAUUACUUUCCAGAGAACCCAGAGUCUGCAAACCAUGACUCUCUUCCUGGAACCUACCAGCAGCAGGUUCAGCUCCAGACAGUGGUCCGUCCUGAGAAAUCAGAGCUGGAACCGGAGACGGAGCCCACGGAGCCGGGCCCUCUCGAUUGCAGAGAGGAGCAGUAUCCCUGCACCAGACUCUACUCCGUCCACAAGCCAUGCAAGCAGUGCCUCAACAGCCUCUGCUUCUACAGUUUGAGACGGGUGUAUGUCAUCAACAAGGAGGUUUGCGUGAGGACCGUGUGUGCGCACGAGGAGCUGCUCAGAGCGGACCUGUGCCGUGACCAGUUCUCUCGCUGCGGGGUGGCGGCGUUGAGCGGCAACUGCGCGUCGCUAGGAGGGAGCUGCGGCAAGAGCUGCGGUGGCUGCUGAUGAUCAGGGACGCUACCUGCCCAGAAACUGCCGCUUUUUUCCACCUCCUCGUCCUCCACAUCCUUCUUUUGAUUUGCCUCGCUUCGUCUUAUCCUCAUUUACCCUCCACUCCCUCCUCCGAACAGCUCAUUACUCUUGUGCGAAAAAUCACUUCUGCAUUUGAUAUUCUUCGUUGUGUUUCUGUCUGCCAGUAAAUCCUGUGUGUAGGGAUGAAUAUUCACCAAAGAAAACUGAUGAUUGUAUAAAUCACUGGUGCUAUAAAAACUUUUAGAGGUGCACAUAAAACCCUGUCUUUUUUUAUUUUUUAUUUUUUUUGCAUAUUGUACCUUAUUAAUCUCAUGCUUUGUGUUUGUUCAUACGUUACUGUACUUGUGUUGAAAAGCAGUCAUUGUCGUGAUGAUCAACUCAGCAGUGUCGACCACUGUGCACUGACAUCAGACAGAACUAAUCGAUACCCAGCCAUGGACUGUCUCACUGUAGAAGAUCAUGAGAUAUGUGAACAAGCAGGUGGUGAGUGACCUCAGUGUUUGUACUACUGCCCUCCGGGUGCGUGCUUAGCGGCCGAGCAGUGGCAACCAGUGCUUUAUAAAGGCAUCUCACAAACAGCCUCUGUACUACUGCUUUGUAAAACUGUCACUAUAAAGUAAAAAAUAAACCUUUUUUUUUUUUUUUUUUUACUGCA